CGCGUUUCCUGCUACAGUCGGCAAACGUGGCCUCUGCGAUUCGUAGGCCUGCUAUGUUUUCCGCGCGUUGAAAAAACGGCACCAGCCGGCCGAGAUUUCGCAAAAAACAAAGUCAGUUUUUACCCAACGUGGUCGUGUGCGAGAGGGACUUUUUGUGCAUUAAUGUUUUUGUCGCGGGCCAUGUUUUGCCACUAGUCGUUUCGGGUAAAAAGUGCUACGGACGUGUGUUUUUUCAACCCGUAUUAUUGCCAACUCUCAAGUAACAUCCCAUCAGGCGGUGUUACACAAAAAUACAUUUCGAAGAUAAAUCAAUUUUAAAUUCAAGUUGGUUGAGAACUUGUGUGGACAAAAAAUUGAUAACAAUCCGGAUAAAGCCAAAAAACAGCAGCAAAAACAGUAUAGACAGCGAGGAAUUAUAUUCCGACGAUAGUAGAAUCGACGGACGUUCAGCUGCUUUAAAGUGAAAAUUUACUGUGCAAAACAGUAUCGCUCUGAAUAUUUUUUGUGUUUUUGUGUGUGUGAUCUUAAUUGCAGCCUUGAAGAUGAAUAUGUACCCGUGGUACCGCGACUCCGUGGGCGGCCAAUUGGGCCAGCUCUGCGGUCCCAUGGCGACCACCAUUAAGACUGAAAAUGGAUACAACGAUUGUAUGCUGGCUCUGGACUACGCCACCCAAAGCAAGAAAGCGUUUGGAUGGGACACAUCACAAACUGGUGGCAGUCCCUCGGGGCCACAAGGAGGAGGAAUGGGUGGUCAAGGGGCCCAGGGACUGGUUCACUGGAUGAGCGUCAUGGCAGAACACAUGGAUCCGGCUGUCUCGCACUACAUGUCCUGGAACCAGGAGUGUGGUCAACAUGGAAAGGACGAUUAUCCGAAUUGGACAAGAAAUACAAUGGGUAUGGGAAAACAGGGCUACGAGUCAAAAAUGAACGAGCACAAUCAAAUGCAGAAAGUUUACGCGGGUAUGGAGGACCACCACAUGGCGGGCACUCCAGGUCUCUACACUUCAGGAAGGUCAACGUCGAGUAGUUCCAGUCCGGGAGUUCCAGGAUCGAGUCCCGCGCUGCUCGUGGUACCCCAACCCAUCAACGCCACCAAGAUGGGCGGCAUGCAAAAUGGCGGAGUUCAGCCAAGGAAAUACUCAUGCAAAAUGUGCCCACAGCAUUCCUCAACGAUCCAUCCGGUGUUCAGUUCCAAAGCCGAGCUACAGUUGCACACGCAGGCACAUAUGCGCGAAGCUAAACCCUACAAGUGUUCGCAGUGUUGCAAAGCCUUCGCAAAUAGUUCCUAUCUAUCUCAGCACACUAGAAUUCAUCUUGGUAUUAAGCCAUACAGAUGCGAAAUAUGCCAAAGGAAAUUCACGCAGCUUAGUCAUCUACAACAGCACAUUCGGACACACACGGGGGACAAGCCUUACAAGUGUAGGCAUCCUGGUUGCCAAAAGGCGUUCUCUCAGCUUAGCAACCUGCAAUCACAUUCCAGGUGUCACCAAACCGACAAGCCCUACAAGUGUAAUUCCUGCUACAAGUGUUUCAGUGAUGAGCCUUCUCUAUUGGAACAUAUUCCCAAGCAUAAGGAGAGCAAGCAUCUGAAAACACACAUUUGUCAGUAUUGUGGUAAGAGCUACACGCAAGAAACGUACUUACAAAAGCACAUGCAGAAACAUGCAGAAAGGACAGACAAAAGACCACCUAUAGGACCAACUCUUGGUCUAAAUCAUAGAGGUUUGGAUCAUCCUUACUGGCCCAAAGUUUCUCCUGACAGUGCUGAGAACAUCCACGAUUAUCCAAAUGACAUUCCACGAGGUCUUUUAGAACAAAACGAAGAUCUGGUAAUUAUUAGACAACAGCUUGGUCAGAAUCCACCACCUCCACCGGGCACACCUAAUGCAAAUUUAGGCAACUCGUACGAUACGUCCAUUUCCAAAAGCAACACCAAUUCAGCCUUUACGCCUAUUAACUCAAUGUCUGGACAUUUAAACCAUCUGAACCACCAGCUAGCUCCUAACAGGCCGUACAUCUACGAUGCUCUAUCAUUCCAAAAACAAAAUAGCCUAGACUUGCCCAAGAGCCAACCGAGCAACGGCUUCCCGAAUCAGUUGAUUUCACUGCAGCAGAUUCGAAGCUACGCUCACCAACCAAACUCAAGUCUUAUGGAACAUUCCAUAUUGGGAGGGUUAAAAGAUAAGUAAAGGUUUAAGGGGCGAACUUAGUUAUAAGUAGGAAAAAAGCAGAUUUUUCGAGAGUGGAUAACGUGACAUGUUGUUGAUCUCAUAUUUUUAAUUUAAGGGUUGUUUUAUAUUGGUGACUGCCUGAAUACUGCUACAAAAUUAUAGUAAAUGGAAUACAUGAAAAGAUUUUCAUUUCGUCUGGAAUUAUGACGUGUUUAUUUUGUCUUAGAUAUAGAGUCCACACGGGACAAAUGGUGCAAAAUGUGCUAUGGCUAAUGAUACAUACAAUGUGUAAAUAAAUAACAUGUAACAGUAUGUAAAACCAACAAAAUAUUUAGAAAUAAGUCAGUGAACUAUCUCUUAAGACUAGAUCUUGACUAUUUUUAGCAACCCUGUUAUAGGUACAAAUAAUUAUUAUCAUUCAAAUAAGUUUUUGAUAUUAGAUAUCCGCAAUUUAAAUAAUAUUAAAAAAUGAAUAACGUAGAAAAUGAGUAUUGUAUUAUAUAAAUUUAAAAAAUAUAUUGUUUUAAUAACAAUAAGCCCUUUUUUAUUACAGUAAUUUUUUUUGUAAUUUAUUUUGGAUUUAUCAAAAAUGUCAUCUACUUUAUAAUUGUUUAUACAGUGCUAUUUGACAAUAUCUUUAAACCCUGUUAUAGAUACAAAUUAUUAUCAUUGAAAUAAGUUUUUUAUAUUAAAUAUCCGCAAUUUAUGAAUAACGUAGAAAAUGAAUAUUGUAUUUUAAAAAUUUAAAAAAUAUAUUGUUUUAAUAACAAUAAGCCCUUUUUUAUUACAGUAACUGUAAAAUAAAGCCGACAUGGCCGGAAAUGUUUUUUGGAUUCAUCAAAAAUGUCAUCUACUCUAUAAUUGUUUAUAUAGUGUUAUCUGACAAUAUCUUUAUUCUCACGCUGCAAGAAGCAACUUAAUUGUCCGUUUGUUUUGAAUAAAGGUUGCUUACGCGUCGCGUCGCUCAACCGCGCUAAUUAAAAUUAAAUUGCUGUAAAUAGGAUAUUAAUUAUUUCUUUAACAUUGAUAUUGUUAAGUGUUAUUAUGCCUGUGUAACGAGUAUAACUAUAUUAAGGUAAAGGUGACACAAAACCCUUGACAUUGCUCGGGGUAUAAACUACAUUUCUUCAUUAAAACGAGUUCUGUUUCGCAACUUAUCACACACGUACUUCUAUAUGUAGGUUAUUUUAUUGUAACAUUAGUUUAAGCAUUACUAUUAAAUAUGAAAUUUAAACUGAUUCUAUCAAUGACGUUCCUUUUCAGAACAAUGUUUGGUCACUGGUGACACCUUCAAAUACCAAUGAAGAUCGACGAAAUUUUUUAACUGACAAUUUCGUUAACUCUCAUUGGUUCCUUAGAAUGUCGCGACAUAAUAUGCUUUUGAAACCGAGGCUUAACGUACGCAGUUUAAAAUUCUAACAGUCACCUUAAAACAAGUUAUAUUUAAGAUGGUAAGGUCCGUAAUGUUUAUUUCAGUAUUGAAUCAAAGUAUUUGUUCAAAAUGUCUUACAUAUCAUAAAUAUUCUUUUAAGAAUUUACACAAGUUUAAGGUACGUGGUAUAAACUGAAAAGCAUUGAUUUCAUAGUUAAAUAUUUUAACACAAACACAUUUAACGUUUACUGAACUUAUCAUCUUAUAAUAAAAAAAAUAAGUCAAUAAACCCUCUCGAAAACCAUUAUUGAAGGCAAUAUUUAGACAUGUUUAUAUUUCUUUUAAGGAUUUGCCUAUAAAACUGUGCAUAAGAAAAGUAUAUAAAGACAUGUGAAUAUAGAUUUAGUUAAGGUUGUACAGAGUUUAUAAUUUUUUUAAUUACUGAUGAAAUAAUUUACAAUUAACAUUUUGAAGGCAGCCAUAUAAGAGAAUUUAUUUAAUUUUAUAUUAUACUUUUAGUUUUUAUUAGCAUAUGGGUUAAUAUGGCUGCCUUUAAAACUUUCCAAAUAGCUCAAAUAUUAAUAUAAUUUAUUAUACGUACUUAUACCAAUUAUUUUCCUACAUCUCUACAUUAAGUAUUUCUAUUGUGAAUCUCUACCAGUGUUUCGGGUAAUAGAAUUCUAAACUUUUGUUUGGCAUCCUUCUGUAUAUUUUUAAGUUUUUGGUGCAAAUAUUAAUAGUAUUAGUUUGUAUUUACAUAAUAUAUACAUGAUACAUUCAUCAUUCUAUGUGUUUCAUCAAAUUGUUACGAAUAGUAGCGUCGCAUUGGGAAAUCCAUUUUAUUUUGUUAGUAAAAUUUAACAUACUGUAUACUCGAUAAGUACAUUAUUACAUUAUUUAUAAAAAUGCAGCUAAAACAUAUUCGGAUAUGUAGAUUUUAUUGUAUUUACUUUUCCUCCGAUAUCACAAUAAUUUAAAAAUUUGUUGUAUACGUUGUAAGUCGGUAUACGGAUAUUGUUAUAAUUUUCGAAAACAUUUGGUUACAAGGAAUGAACACGUUACGUUAAUGUUAUUACAACGUAAAAAGAUUUAGUUAAUAUUUAAGUAUGAACAAGCUUUAAAAUUGUUAGUUAGGUUUAUACUUGAAGUACAUUUUGUACAAUAUACUUCCCUUGGUAAGCUUGUGAUCUAAGUUAAAAAAUGUAUUUAUAAAAUUUACGGUUUUUGUUACUUUUUAUUAAAUAAAAAUUAAUUUUUCUUUUUCACUUAUUUUCUAUUGUUUUAUUUUCUUUUACCUCCGUUGCGUUUAUUUUUCUUUUGUUUCACACCAUAUUUGUAUCUGUGAUAUUUUUUCGUACUGAAAUAUGGUAGUCAAUUUGUAUAUAAAGUUUGAAAUUUUUAAAGAACGUAGUUAAGAUAUUUGAAGAAGGACCCAUUUAAAUUUAACUGAACAUAAAAAAUAUAUUGUUAAUUCAUGUCUAUAAUAAACAUCUAAUAUUAGGCUAAAGGAAAAAAUAUUACUGAGUGUCGUACUGUAUCACAUAUUCUUUAUUUUUCUGAAAAUUUUGAACACAACGAAUUUUUUCCAUGAAUACUUCAUUUCUACACUUAUAUAGAUUGUCUACAUUAGAAGAUUUUUUGAGCACACCUAGAAAU